UACAUUCGAAGAGGUGUCCGGGCAUCGGGUUCUUAUGAAGAGUGGACUGGGAAAUCGGUGUCUUUCAGCAUUUGGCAGCACCCACGUGGGUUGUCUCGAAUUUCCUCAUGAAACCGGCCUCAUCCUGAGGUGUGCCGCGAAGGUCAUGAAACUCUUCCAGACAAAGCAGAGGAAUCGACCCUCCUGUGGCGAUCAGGAGGGGAGAAGUGGCUCAGAUGAAGUGCUGCUGGGAACCUCGGUGUUUCCCUCAAGUGAGACAGGGUUGCCUUCGAAGUGGUGUGCGGGCAUCGGGUUCUUAUCAAGAGCGGACCAGGAAAUCGGGGUCUUUUGGAAUGCGGCACCACACACGAGGCUACGUCUCGAAUUUCCUCGUGAGACGGGCCUCAUGCUGAGGUGCCCCUGGAAGGUCGGGAAAGCCUUCCAGACAAAGCAGGUUAAUCGACCCUACUGUCGCGAUCAGGAGGGGAGAAGGGGCUCAGAUGAAGUGGUGCCGGGAACCUCGGUGUUCCCCUUGAGUGAGACCGGUAUGUCAGGGAACUUUUGGGGUCUCAUGAAGCUUGCCAAAUACUGUUUCAAACUUCAAGACGAAACGUGGGACUUCUCUUGAGACGCUGUGGCGGGCAAGGGCCUCAUCUUGUGAUGAAGGGGAAACCACGUGGUUUUUUUCGAGUUGCGAUGGGAUUGUUGACUUACGACGGGGAAUUCAGGCUUCCUCUUCUGUUGGCCCAGGGAAGUCCAUUCUUCCAUUCGAGUUGCCAGGGAGAGCUGGGUGGGAAUUGCUCUCGAGUCACGGCAGGUCAAAAUAGACCUCAUCUAGGCUUGUGUCCAGGACCUAAUGUUCCUCUCCAGGGGCGAUAGGGAUCACGGGGACGCAUUCCAGACUCACCCAGUGAGUCAGGCCUCGGCUCGAGGGGAAGCAAAGGAUUCUGAUAUCCUCCUGGGUCGCGAUAGGUAUCUCUUGGAGCCCACUGAGUGGCCUCCAGGGAGUCAAGCCUCCUGUGGAGUUUGGAGAGAGGACUCCGGAUUGCUCUCCAGGGUAUGCAAUAAAAGAAAGCCCACAUCUCGCGAUGACGUGGACGUCUCGUGGGUUUAAUCCAGCUGGGGCGCCACGUUGUGUUUCUCACGAGGUACGAUGGAGAGCUCAGGGGGCCUCUCGUGCAGCACCAGGGAAGUCAGGUCUCCAUGCCCGUGGUGAGGGGGAGCGGGUAAUUGCUCUCGAGUCAUGUUAGGGGAAUCCGGCCUCAAGACGCGUUGAAGAAGAUCUUUCGAGGUCUUUCUGGGGUUGUGGCAGGAAACGCUGGGUUCCCUCGACUUCUGCCAGGUGACCUCAGAGAGCUACUCAGGUUGCCUCUGAGAAGUCAGGGAUACUGUGGAGUUGGGAGGGGCCUCUCGGGACUCCACUGGGUUUGGUGCAAUGGAAGAGGGCCUCAUUUAGAGUUGAGGCAGGAACCUAAGGGUUCCUCUCCAUUUAAAACUCCGACCACAGGGUCCCUGAAGAGUUGGGACAGGAGAGUCAGGCCUCGUCUUGUGUGGAGGAAUGGAACUCCACUUGCCUCUCGAGUUGUUCACAGGAUAACAGACCAUUUGUCGAGCUGUGAGUGGAACCUUCGGUUUUUUCCGUAAGAUGCAUGAGGGGGUCAGUGCCCCUUCGUGUUGUGCCUUCAUCCACAGGGUUGCCUUCAAAGAGGUGUCCGGACAUCGGGUUCUUAUCAAUAGCAGAGCAGGAAAUCGGGGUCUUUCAGAACGUGGCACCAUCCAUGAGGCUACGUCUCGAAUUUCUUCGUUAGACUGGUGUCAUCCUGAGGUGCGCCAUGAAGAUCGGGAACCCCUUCCAGACAAAGCAGGGGAAUCGACCAUCUUGUCGCGAUCAGGAGGAGUGAAAGGGCUCAGUUGAAGUCGUGCCGGGAACCUCGGUGUUCCCCUCGAGUGGGACCGGUGUGUCGGGAAACUUUUGGGGUCGCUUCAAGGGUGCCAAGUACCGUUUUGCACUUCAAUACGGACUUGGGGCUUCUCUUGACACGCUGUAGAGGGCAAGGGCCUCAUCUUGGGAUGACGGGGGAAUCACGUGGUUUUUCUCAAGGUGCGGCGGGAUUCUCGAGUUACGACGGGGAAUUCAGGCUUCCUCUUGUGUUGGCCCAGGGAAGUCCAAUCUUCCAUUCGAGUUUCGAGGGAGAGCUGGGGUUUGCUCUUGAGUCACUGCAGGGCAAAAGAGACCUCAUCUAGGCUUGUGUCCAGGACCUAAUAUUCCUCUCCAGGGCCGACAGCGAUCUCGGGGUUGCAUUCCAGACGCAUCCUGGGAGUCAGAGCUCGACUCGAGGGGAAGCAAAGGACCCCGCUCUCCUCUCGAGUCGCCACAGGUGUCUCUUGGAGCCCACUGAGUGGCCUAAAGGGAGUCAAGCCCCCUGUGGAGUUUGGAGAGAGGACUCAGGAUUGCUCUCCAGGCCAUGCAGGAAAAGAAGACCCUCAUCUCGCGAUGACAGGGGCGUCUUGUUGGUUUUCUCGAGCUGCGGUGCCAGUGUGCGGUUUCUGACGAGGUGCGACGGGAAGCUCAGGGAGCCUUUCGUGUGGCACCAGGGAAUUCAGGUCUCCAUGCGCAUGGCAAGGGGGAGCGCGUCAUUGCUCUCGAGAUAUGAUACGGGAAUCGGGCCUCAAGACACGUUAAAGCAGGACUCUCAAGGUCUUUCUCGGGUUGCGGCAGGAAACCCUGGGUUCCGUCGACUUCUGCCGGUGACCUUAGGGAGCUUCUCAGGGUGCCUCUGAGAAGUCAGGCAUACUGUGGAUUUGGGACGGGCCUCUCGGGACUCCACUGGUUUUGCUGGCAAUGGAAAAGGGCCUCAUCUUGAGUGGAGGCAGGAACCUCAGGCUUCCUCUCCAUUUCUGACUCGGUGCGCAAGGUCCCUAGAGUUGUGACAGGAGAGUCAGGCAUCGUCUUGUGUGGAGGAAUGGAACUCCGCUUGCUUCUCGAGUUGUUCACGAGGUGACAGACCACUUGUGGAGCUGUGUGAGGAACCUGCGGGUUUUUCCGGAAGAUGCACGGGGUGUCAGUGCCCCUACGUGUUGUGCCUUCAUCCACAGGCUUGCCUUCGAAGAGGUGUCCAGGAGUCUGGUUUUGAUCAAAAGUGGACCAUGGAAUCGGGGUCUUUCGGCAUGUAGUAUGGCCCUCGAGGCUACCUCUCGAAUUUCCUCGUGAGACCGGCCUCAUCCUGAGGUGUGCCGGGAAGGUCGGGAAUCCCUUCGAGACAAAGCAGUGGAAUCGACCCUCCUAUCGCGAUCAGGAGAGGAGAAAGGCCUCAGAUGAAGUGGUGCCGGAACUUCAGUGUCCCCUCUAGUGAGAUCGGUAUAUAGGGGAACUUUUGGGGUCGCAUCAAGGGUGCCAAGUACUGUUUUGCACUUCAAGACGGAAUGUGAGACUUCUCUUGAGACGCUGUAGGGGGCAAGGGCCUCAUCUUGCAAUACGGGGAACCACGUGAUUUUUCUCGAGUUGCGGCGGGUUUCUCAAAUUACAACUGGAAAUUCAGGCUUCCUCUUGUGUUGGCUCAGAAAGGCCAAUCUUCCAUUCGAGUUGCAAGGGAAAGCUAGGGGUUGUGCUUGAGUCACUGCAGGGCCAAAGAGACCUCCUCUAGGCUUUUGUCCAGGACCUAAGGUUCCUCUCCAGGGGCGACAGGGAUCCAGGGUUGCAUUCCAGACUCACCCUCGUAGUCAGGCCUCAUCUCGAGGGGAAGCAAAGGACACCGCUCUCCUCCUGAGUAUCGACGGGUAUCUCUUGGAGCCCACUGAGUGACCUAAAGGGAGUCAAGCCUCCUUUGGAGUUUGGAGAGAGGAUUCGGGAUUGCUCUUCAGGUCAUGCAGGAAAGAAGGCCCUCAUUUCACCAUGACAGGGGCGUCUCGUGGGUUUUCUCGAGCUGCGGCGCCAGUGUGGGGUUUCUCACGAGGUACGAUGGGGAGCUCAGGGAGCCUCUCAUGUGGUGCCGGGGAAGUCAGAUCUUCAUGCGCGUGGCGAGGGGGAGCGCGUCAUUUUUCUCCAGUCAUGGUAGGGGAAUCGGGCCUCAAGACGCGUGAAGAAGGACUCUCGAGGUUUUUCUCAGGUUACGGCAGGAAACCCUGGGUUCCGUCGACUUAUGCCCGUGACCUCAGGGAGCUUUUCAGGGUGCCUCUGAGAAGUCAGGGAUACUGUGCAGUUGGGAGGGGCCGCUCCGAACUCCACUGGGUUUGGUGCAGUAGAAGAGGGCCUUAUCUCGAGUUGAGGCAGGAACCUCAUGGUUCCUCUCCAUUUCUGAAUCGGAUCUCAGUGUCCAUGCAGAGUUGGGACAGGAGAGUCAGGCCUCGUCUUGUGUGGAGGAAUUUAACUCCUCUUGCCUCUCGAGUUGUUCACGGGGUGACAGGCCACUUGUCGAUCUGUAUGUGGAACUUGCGGGCUUUUCCAACGAUGCAGGAGGGUGUCAGACCCCUUCGUUUUGUGCCUUCGUCCACAGGAUUGCCUUCGAAGAGGUGUCCUAGCAUUGGGUUCUUAUCAAGAGCAGACAGGGAAAUCGGGGUCUUUCGGCGUGUGGCACCAACCACAAGGCUACGUCUCGAAUUUCCUCGUGAGACCGGCCUCAUCCUGAGGUGCGCCGGGAAGGUCCGGAACCCCUUCCAGACAAAGCAGGGUAAUCGACCCUCCCGUCGCGAUCAGGAGGGGAUAAGGGGCUCAGAACAAGCGGUGCACCGAACCUUGGUGUUCCCCUCGAGUGAGACCAGGGUGUCGGGGAACUUUUGUGCUAACAUCAAGGUUGCCAAUUAUCGUUUUAAACUUCAAGAUGGAACGUAGGGCUUCUACUGAGACGCUGUAGCUGGCAAGGGCCUCAUCUUGCGAUGACGGGGGAACCACGUGGUUUUCCUCGAGUUGCAGCGGGAUUUUCGAAUUACGACGGGGAAUUCAGGUUUCCUCUUGUGUUGUCCCAGGGAAGUCCAUUCUUCCAUUCGAGGUGCGAGGGAGAGCAGGGGAUUGCUCUCGAGUCACUUCAGGGCAAAUGAGACCUCAUCUAUGCUUGUGUCUAGGACCUAAUGUUCCUCUCCAGGGGCGACAGGGAUCUCGGGGUUGCAUUCCAGACUCACCUGAGGAGUCAGGCCUGGUAUAUAGGGGAAGCAAAGAAUUCCGCUCUCCUCUCGAGUCCCAACGGGUAUCUCUUGGAGCCCACAGAGUGGCCUAAAGGGAGUCAGGCCUCCUGUGGAGUUUGAAGAGAGGCCUCGAGAUUGCUCUCCAGGCCAUGCAGGAAAAGAAGGCCUUCAUCUCGCGAUGACGGAGGCGUCUCGUGGGUUUUCUCGAGCUGGGGAGCCAGUGUGGGAUUUCUCACGAGGUAUGACGGGGAGCUCAGGGAGCCUCUCGUGUGGCGCCAGGGAAGUCAAGUCUCCAUGCGAGUGGCGAGGGGGAACGCGUCAUUGCUCUCGAGUCAUGGUAGGGGAAUCGGGAUUCAAGAUGCGUUGAAGGAGGAUUUUCGAGGUCUUUCUCGGGUUGCGUCAGGAAACCCUGUGUUCCCUCGACUUGUGCCAGGUGACCUCAGGGAGCUUCUAAGGGUGCCUCUGAGAAGUCGCGAUACUGUGGAUUUGGGAGGGGCCUCUCGGGCCUCCACUGUUUUUGGUGUAAUGGAAGAGGGCCUCAUCUCGAGUGGAGUCAGGAACCUCAGGGUUCCUCUCCAUUUCGGACUCCGAUCGCAGGGUCCCUUCAGAGUUGGGACCGGAGAGUCAGGCCUCGUCUUGAGUGGAGGAAUGGAACUCUGCUUGCCUCUCGAGUUGUUCAUGGGAUGACAGGCCUCUUGUCGAGCUGUGUGUGGAACCUGCGGCUUUUACCGAAUGAUGCACGGGAGUGUCAGUGACCCUUCGUUUUGUGCCUUCGUCCACAGGGUUGCCUUCGAAGAGGUGUCCGGGCAUCGGGUUCUUCUCAAGAGUGGGCCGGGAAAUCGGGGUAUUUCGGCAUGUGACACCACCCACGACGCUAUGUCUCGAAUUUCCUCGUGAGACCGGCCUCAUCCUGAGGUGCGCCGGGAAUGUGGGGAACCCCUUCCAAACAAAGCAGGGGAAUAGACCCUCCUGUCUCGAACAGGAGGGGAGAAGGUGCUCAGAUGAAGUGGUGCGGGAACCUCGGUGUUCCUGUCGAGUGAGACCGGCGUGUCCGGGAACAUUUGGUGUCGCAUCAAGGGUGCAAAGUACCGUUUCGCACUUCAAGACGGAACGUGGUUCUUUUCUUGAGACGCCAUAGCAGCAAGGGCCUCAUCUUGGGAUGACGUUGGAAACACGUGGUUUUUCUCGAGUUGCGGCGGGAUUCUCGAGUUACGAAGGGGAUUUCUGGCUUCCUCUUGUGUUGGCCCAGGGAAGCCCAAUCUUCCAUUCGAGUUGCGAGGGAGAGCUGGGGGUUGCGCUCGAGUCACUGCAGGGCAAAAGAAACCUCAUCCAGGCUUGUGUCUAGGACCUAAUGUUCCUCUCAAGGGAUGACUGGGAUCUUGGGGUUGCAUUCUAGACUCACCCAGGAGUCAGGCGUCCUCUCGAGGGGAAACAAAGGACUUCUCUCUCUUCUCGAGUCGCGACGGGUAUUUCUUGGAGCCCACUGAGUGGACUAAAGGGAGUCAAGCCUCCUCUGGAGUUUGGAGAGAGGACUCGGGAUUGCACUCCAGGACAUGCAGGAAAAGAAGGCCCUCAUCUCACGAUGACGGGGGGGGGGGUCUCGGUGGUUUUACCGAGCUGCAGCGCCUGUGUUGGUUUCUCAGGAGGUACGACGGGGAGCUCAGGGAGCCUCUUGUGUGGCGCCAGGGAAGUUAGGUCUCGAUGCGUGUGGCGAGGGGGAGCGCGUCAUUGCUCUCGAGUCAUGGUAGGGGAAUCAGGCCUCUAGACGCGUUGAAGGACUCUCAAGAUCUCUCUCGGGUCUUGGCAAGAAUACCUGGGUUCCCUCGACUUGUGCCGGUGACCUCAGGGAGAUUCUCCGGGUGCCUCUGAGAAGUCAGGGAUACUGUGGAGUUGGGAAAGACCUCUCGGGACUCCACUGGGUUUGGUGAAAUGGAAGGGGGCCUCAUCUCGAGGGGAGGCAGGAACCUCAGGGUUCCUCUCCAUUUCUGAUUCCGAUCGCAGCCCCCUGCAUAGUUGGGAGAGGUGAGUCAGGCCUUGUCUUGUGUGCAGGAAUGGACCUCCGCUUGCCUCUCGAGUUGUUCACUGGGUGACAGGCACUUGUUGAGCUGUAUGAGUAACCUGCGGUCUUUUCCGGACGAUGCACGGGGGUGUCAGUGCCCCUUCGUGUUGUGCCUUCAUCCACACUAUCUUCGAAUAGGUGUCUGGGCAUCGCGUUCUUAUCAAGAGCGGAUCGGGAAAUCGCGGUCUUUCGGCAUGUGGCACCACCAUCGAGGCUACGUCUCGAAUUUCCUCGUGAGACAGCCUCAUCUGAGGUGCGUGGAGAAGGUCGGGAACCCCUUGCAGACAAAGCAGGGGAAUCGACCCUCCUUUCGCGAUCAGGAGGGGAGAAGGGGCUCAGAUGAAGUGGUGCCAGGAACCUCGGUGUUCCCCUCUAGUGCGACCCGUAUGUCGGGGAACUUUUGGGGUAGCAUUAAGGGUGCCAAAUAUCAUUUCGCACUUGAAGACAGAACGUGGGACUACUCUUGAGACGCUGGAGCGGGCAAGGGCCUCAUCUUGCAAUGACGGGGGAACCACGUGGUUUUUCUCAAGUUGAGGCGGAAUUCUCGAAUUACUACUGGGAAUUCAGGCUUCCUCUUGUGUUGGCCCAGGGAGGUCCAAUCUUCCAUUCGGGUUGCGAGGGAAAGCUGGGGAGUGCUCUCGAGUUACUGCAGGGCAAAAGCGACCUCAUCUAGCCUUGUGUUCAGGACCCAAUGAUCCUCUCCAAGGGCGACAGGGAUCUCGGGUUUGCAUUACAGACUCACCCGGGGAGUUAGGCCUCGUCUCGAGGGGAAGCAAAGGACUCGGCUAUCCUCUCGAGUUGCGACGCGUAUCUCUUGGAGCCCACUGAGUGGUCUAAAGGGAGUCAACCCUCCUCUUCAGUUUGGAGAGAGGACUCGGGAUUGCUCUCCAGGCCAUGCAGGAAAAGAAGGCCCACAUCUCGAGAUGACGGGGGCGUCUCGUGGGUUUUCUCGAGCUGCGGCGCCAGUGUGGGGUUUCUCACGAGGUACGACGGGGAGUUCAGGUAGCCUCUCGUGUGGCAACAGGGAAGUCAGGUCUCCAUGGGCGGGGCAAGGGGGAGCGCGUCAUUGCUCUCAAGUCAGGGUAGGGGAAUCGGGCCUCAUGACGGGUUGAAAAAGAACUCUCGAUGUCUUUCUAGGGUUGCGGCAGGAAACCCUGGGUUCCCUUGACUUGUGCCGGUGACCUCAGGGAGCGUCUCAGGGUGCCUCUGAGAAGUCAGGGAUACUGUGGAUUUGGGAGAGGCCUCUCGGGACUCCUCUGGGUUUGGUGCAAUGGAAGUGGGCCUCAUCUCGAGUUGAGGCAGGAACCUCAGGGUUCUGCUCCUGACUUCCUGGAGGCCGGAUCUGACUCAGAUCGCAGGGUCCCUGUUGAGUUUGCUCAGGAGUGUCAGGUCUCGUGUUCUGCGGAGGAAUGGAACUCCGCUUACAUCUCAAGUUGUUCAAGGAUAACACCACUUUUCGUGAUGUGUGUGGAACCUGCGGGUUUUUCGGAGAUGCACGGGGGCGUCAGUGCUCCUUCCUGUUGUGCCUUCAUCCACAGGGUUGCCUUCGAAGAGGUGUCCGGGCAUCGUGUUCUCCUCAAGUGCGGACCGGGAAAUUGGGGUCUUUCAGCAUGUUGCACCACCCACUAGGCUACGUCUCGAAUUUUCUCGUGAGACCGGCCUCAUCCUGAGGCGCGCAGGAAAGUCCGGGAACCCUUUCCAAACAAAGCAGGGGAAUCGACCCUACUUUCGGGAUCAGGAGGAGAGAAAGGGCUCAGAUGAAGUAGUGCCGGGAACCUCGGUGCUCUCCUUGAGUGAAAGUCGGGUAACUUUUCUGGUUGCAUCAAGGGUGCCAAGUACCGUUUCGCACUUCAAGACGGAACCUGGGACUUCUCUUGAGAUGCUGUAGUGGGCAAGGGCCUCAUCUAGCGCUGACGGGGGACCCACGUGUUUUUUCUCGAGUUGCGGCAGGAUUCUUGAGUUACGAUGGGGAAUACAGGUUUCCUCUUGUGUUGGCCCAGGGAAGUCCAAUCUUCCAUUCGAGUUGCAAGUGAGAGCUGGAGAUUGCUCUCGAGUCACUGCAGGGCAAAAUAGAGCUCAUCUAGGUUUGUGUCCAGGACCGAGUUUUUCUCUCCAGGGGCGACAGGGAUCUCGGGGUUGCAUUCCAGACUCACCCGGGGAGUCAGGCCUCGUCUCGAAGGGAAUGAAUGGACUCCGCUCUCCUCUCGAGU